UCCUCAAGGAACCUUGGUGAAAAACUUCUGUACAAUUCUCAACCACAAUAACAUUCUUCAAUUGAUUCCUUACCUUAACUGUCCAAAAGACGAAAGACAACAUAGAUUUCCUCAAAACUCUCGAUAUAUACCCUUUUCUAGUUCAAUGCAGAAUAUGUAGCUACAACAACAACAACAAAAAAACAUAUUGCUUUGUGUUUUUUUGAUCUCUCUCUACACCACCAACAUGUCUCCUCUUAAUACCGAUGACUUGCACCGAAUCUUCCAAAAGCUUGACCAAAAUGGUGAUGGCUUCGUGAGCCUCAACGAGCUCAAAUGCCUUCUUGAGAAAAUCGAGAUUCAAAUUAGCCUAAACGAACUCGAGUCGUUAGUGGGCAAAAUGAGCCUUGAUCUUCUUGGCUUUUUGUUCUUUUAUGACACCAUCGUCAAGAAAAACACUAAUAAUGAUCAAAAUGAAGUGGGUGAAGUAGAUAAGGAUUUGGAGAGUGAUCUGACUAAGGCUUUCAAGGUGUAUGAUUUGAACGGUGAUGGCUUCAUUUCAUGCGAGGAGAUUCAGGACGUGUUGUUGCGAUUAGGGUUAUGGAAAGAGCAUUGUAGCGGGGAUAGCAUGAACAUGAUUAAAGUGUACGACACAAAUUCUGAUGGGAUGCUUGAUUUUGAGGAAUUCAAGAACAUGAUGUUGCUUACCAAUUCUUAAAAACAUUUAUAUGGUAAAAAAAAGUUUCACAUUGCUAUUAAGUUGUGAGGGGGAUUGUA